AUGAGCCGCGCGCGCAGCGAAUCCCCGCUGAUGGAGGAUUAUGGCAGCCUCAACAGGCUGAACUCAGCGCGCUCGAACCCGCUCUUCGAUGCUGCGCGAGCGCGGAAACAGGCCGAGCAGGACUCCAUCCUGCUGGCCAACCGCAUUCGCCUGUUGCGGAAUGAGGAGGCCAAAACCAAGCGGAAGAUCGCAGAGACCGAGCGGAAGACGCAGGAGAUCGUCCAGUCGCGGCGCCGCAACGAGCUGCGGCGCCAGGAGAAAGAGGCCUUCGAGGCCCAGAAGGAGGCCAUGGAAUCCGAGUUCCGCGCCAAGCAGAUCUUGGAACGGGAGGAUCAGCAGCACAAGAUCCAGGACCAGAUGAGGAGAAUACAGGAGAAGAACCGCUCCGGUGGCCGGGUGCAGCGUCAACAGCGGCAGGCGCAUCGGCAGAUCCUGGACCUCGAAAAGCAGGCCGCCGCGGACGAGGCUUUCGCUCGAGCGGAGCAGGUCCGGGCCGCCAUGGACCGCGCCGCGCGCAGCCGCGCGCGCUCGGAGGGCGCCAAGCAGGAGCUCGCCAAGGACGUGAUCCGCGAGCGCAUGGUGCGGGAGGAGGACGAGCGGCGGCAGCGCGUCUCCGAGAUCGAGAGGAUGGAGCGGGAGGAGGCUGAGCUCAUGGAGCGGCUUCGGCGCUCCCAGGAACGGCACCGGAUGGCCUACAUGCAGCUCGAGGACGUGCUGCGGCAAGGCAGUGUACAGUCCUUGAGCAUGUCGCCAUCGGAGUUCCAGAUGGCCAACGUCUUCGAGGCGAUGGAGCAAUGUUGCUUCGACUGCCAGCGACAUGCGCAGCUCGCCUUGGCUCAGCUUGGCUCGCGAACUCGCCGCACCUGGGCGAUGGCGUCGUUGCCGAACCUCCUGGAAGACGCGCGUCCCGCCAAGACGGUGGAAGAACCCAGGACGGACAGUGACAGCUUGCAAGCUCGACGCGCCCAGUUUCGCAGCGGCGGAGAGAAACUCAGCUUGCAUUGCCAGUCACACCCGGCUGAAACCGUGGGCGUGACGGACCUUUGGAACUUGAACUGCCCAGAUCCUGACAGUCGCAAGCACUCCCUGUCGCAGUUCAGUUUGCCUACUUGCGCAUUGCCUUCACUUGAGACCUGCAAAACUGGCUGAAGUGACAGACCUCCGUUGCAGCUCAGGCCCCUUCUAAAAACGAUCCUUGCACGACGUGAAGGGGCUGGAGACAGCAACGAGGCUUUUUAGUACUCACGUAAUGGCCGUUGGGGGCUUUUAGCACUACUGGAGCGUUGUCUAGAAAGGAUUACCAUCGCUGCAAUGCAAAGAGUCUUGAAAGACUCUCCUUGCCCGAUUCUUCAAACCAAUCUGCAUAACUGCUGACCAGCUGUGCAGACCGGUGUUGGUGUG